GCUACCAUUUCUUGUUUCCAUCUCUGUUUUCAGCACUCUUUUCUUCAGUUCAUCAUGCAAUGGGAAGGUGAUGAUGGAGUACAUAGGAGCCUCCGGAGUUCCGGUGAGCUUCUCCGAUGUCCCUAUCGAUCCAGAGAUCGACUUCAACUUCAUUCUCGGCUUCGCCAUUGAUUCCAACCCUUCUGGCAAGCCCAUGAAUGGUGUCUUCUCUCCUUAUUGGGAGGCAAGCCUAAACCCUAAUGCAGUGCAGGAGAUAAAGGCAAGUAACCCUAAUGUUAAGGUCCUUGCAAGUCUUUCAGGAUGGAGUCUUGGAAACAAAGUGUUGCAAUGGUACAACCCUGAGAAUCCUCAAGAAUGGAUAACCAAUGCUUAUAACUCUUUGAGCAUGAUUAUCGACGAGUAUAAGCUCGACGGUAUCGAUAUCGAUUAUGAGAAUUUCCCCAAGAAUGAGACCACCUUCUCCUUCUGCAUUGGAGAGCUCAUCACUAAGCUCAAGAACAACAAUGUCAUCACUGUGGCUUCCAUUGCUCCUUACUAUCUUACAGCAAAUCACUAUAUAAAGCUAUUUGAGAGUUAUCGUGAAGUGAUAGACUAUGUGAACCAUCAGUUUUACACUGAUAAGGUGAAAACACCAGCAGGAUAUUUAGAUGUAUUCAAAUUGAGAGCAGUGCAGUUUAAUGCAACAAAAUUACUGCCAAGUUAUGAAGUUAAGGGAAGAGGAAUUCAAGGAGAUGCAUUCUUUGUUGCAUUGAAGCUGAUUGAAGACAAUGGUUUCGACGUAAAUGGUGUUAUGAUCUUCUCUGCCGACGCAUCGAAGACGAAUGGUUUCUACUUUGAGAGGAAGUCUCAAGCAUUCUUACUGAAUUCAACUGCCAAUGCUUGAUAAUUAGUUAUUAACUAUAUGUAUAUAUAUUGAACGAUCUUUUGAUCUAUUGGUACUGAAUUAUUUAUA